AUGAUCAAGUUAUCUGCAUCAAACACGGUCACAAGGAUUCUGCGGGGCUCCAGGGUUCCGCUCCGCGACAGAUCUCGCCAGUACGCGACAACGCCGUCGAGUAGUCAACCAGAGGUGACACCCACUGAUUUUCGACCCCCUUGGGUAUACUCUGCGUCCCAUAUCCUCAAGUAUACCGUGAUACCAGCUGCGCUUGCCUACUGUGUAUUCUGGGCUGACUGGGGUGAACGGGAGCAUGUAUUCUCGCCAGUACGCUAA